AUGUCUAGGAAAAUCCAUCUUCUUCUUCCAUUGCUUCUGGUGAUAUUUUCAGCUUCUUUUUCCUUGUCUUUCAGUCAUGGUGUUCAUCGAAAGGGCAUGCCAAAGAUAUCAUCUCUAGCAAGCUCUCGUCCGUAUAAGAUAAUUAAUGUUGAUGAUUUUGGAGCGAAAGGAGAUGGAAAAACAGAUGACAGUAAGGCCUUUAAGAGUGCUUGGAACAAAGCUUGUUCCUCCGAAGAUCCUGUUGUUCUCUUAGUCCCUAACAACAAAUAUCUGCUCAAGCCAAUGAGAUUCUCUGGUCCUUGCAAAUCGGAUCAACUUAAUAAUCAUCGUAUACUAAGGAUCAAAGGAACAAUCGUAGCUUCCGAUGAUCGAUCGGAUUACAAAGAUAGACGACAUUGGCUUGUGUUUGAGGAAAUUGACCACUUAAGAGUUGAAGGCAGUGGCACAUUCGAUGGCAAUGGAAAGAUUUGGUGGCAAAAGUCUUGCAAAAUCAACAAAUCUCUUCCUUGCUCAGCCGCUCCAACUGCUGUGACUUUUAUUAGAUGCAACCAUCUGAGAGUAGCAGGUUUGAACUUCUUGAAUGCACAGAAGAUGCAUCUUUCAUUCCAAAAAUGUGUGAAUGUGAAAGCUUUGAAUCUGAAGCUGACAGCACCAGAACAUAGCCCCAAUACCGAUGGAAUUCACAUCACAGCAACAAGAAACAUUAGGCUAAGUAAUUGCACCAUUGGGACAGGUGAUGACUGUAUUUCCAUUGUUAGUGGGUCAAAAAAUAUUCUAGCUACGGAUAUAACUUGCGGACCAGGUCAUGGAAUAAGCAUUGGAAGCUUGGGAGCCAGAAAUUCAGAAGAUCAUGUAUCCAAUGUGUUUGUGGACAGAGCAACAUUUACAGGAACCACCAAUGGAGUAAGAAUAAAGACUUGGCAGGGAGGUUCUGGAUAUGCAAAAGUCAUCAGGUUUCUGAAUAUUAUAAUGAACAGAGUGAAGAAUCCAAUAAUCAUAGAUCAAGAUUACUGUGAUCAAAAGAAACCAUGCCAUGAACAGAAAUCAGCUGUGCAGAUAAGCAACGUGAUUUACAGCAACAUAACCGGAACUAGCAGCUCAAAAGUGGCAAUCAAAUUGGAUUGUAGCGAGAACCUUCCAUGCCAAGAUAUUGUGAUGCAUGAUGUGAAUUUGGUAACUAAUCAUGGAAAAGAUGAUGAUAAUGUUAAAGCUUCAUGUGAGAAUGUUCAUUUUAAGAGAACACCAAGAAAGGUUUUUCCAAGCUGCUAGAUCUUGAUAGAGGAAAAGAAAAAUUCUUUGAAGUGUGGAUGUUUGAUUUACUUUGUAAAUAGAUUUACUUAUACAUAUUAUGUUUUUUGGGGGGACGAAUACAAUGCACAUAUAUUUUUCGAAUUCAAUAUAUUUCAUAGCUGUUUAUGAU